AUGGGACUCCGGGCUCCGCGGCACGCAGGAUCGCCGUGCGCUUUUAGGGUUUUCCCCAGUUUAUUGGCUAAAAGGAAAGCUUUGUGUAUUCUGAAUUACCACGCAGUGUUUCCUUAUCCUGAACUUCAGAUAAUCACACUAUCAGAUCUGGAAUGUGACUACAUCAACGCUAGAUCGUGCUGCUCCAAGCUCAAUAAAUGGGUGGUGCCUGAGGUGAUUGGCCAUGCUGUUGUCACGGUAUUAAUGCUUAUUUCAUUGCACUGGUUCAUCUUUCUCCUGAACCUGCCAGUGGCCACAUGGAAUAUAUAUAGGUACAUUAUGGUGCCAAGUGGAAACAUGGGAGUAUUUGAUCCCACAGAGAUCCAUAACCGAGGACAACUGAAAUCACACAUGAAAGAAGCCAUGAUUAAGCUGGGCUUUCAUCUGCUCUGUUUCUUCAUGUACCUUUACAGUAUGAUUCUGGCUUUGAUAAAUGAUUGAGAAGUUGAAAGAGAACCAUUAGCUGCCAAAUUGGGUCAUCACUCCAGUGACUGGUUGUGGAGCCACAGACACCUCCCGAACACACCUAGAUCAGUGUCGUCAUGCAGUAUAUUUUUUCCUCUUUGAACAAUAAAUAUUUU